UUGGUUUCAAGGAGUAACCAAGUCAUUCAAUUUGGAGAAAAUUGGUUAAUUUAAACUUCAGAAGAAGAUUGCUCUCUAACUUUGACAACAACAUAAAUCUUGAAUAGUCAGCCGCUUCGAUAAAUACGUUUGAGUGAGAAGUAUAUAUACAAAAGACCUUUACUACCGCAUAAACGUGAGAAGAAAAGUCGAGGAAAAGUAAGAAAAGGAAGGAUGAGAGGGCAUCUAGUUGGUUUCCAUUUCUGUCCCGUUCUGUUGAGUGGUGUUGCUUUGUUUCUUGUGGCUUUCAGUUCGUCUUUGCACACUGACUUGAGCAGGGACGAGGUUUUCGAGCGAAUUGAAGGAUUUGAGCUAAUUGGUCACAUCACCAAGACAUUAUAUGCUGACGAAAUAAGCUGUGGAUUGAGUUGCCUUCGAGAUGAAAACUGCCGAUCUUACAACAGCAAAUCCGAUGCUAGUGAUGCAAAGAAGGAAUGUCAACUGAGUAAUCAAACCAAAAAUUCAAGUCCGGAAAACCUGAGGUGUAACCCACGUUCUACUUAUUAUGGAAGAGGUAAACGAGGUUGGGAUUCUGCUCAUCCGGCCUUCUCCUGUAAAGAAAUUCUGGACUCUGGACACUCCAAAGGAGACGGGGAGUAUUGGAUCGACCCAGAGAAGAGUGGAAACCCUUUGAAGGUCUAUUGUGACAUGUCAAGAUAUGGUGGAGGUUGGCUUCUGGUGUCAAAUGUUGAGUUCGGAAGUCCCUCUCCUAAGGUGUCAGUUGAGACAUCAUACCGUGGAAUAGGUAAGUCACACAUGGUUCUGCAGAAAAGUGCCAUGAAAGAGCUCAGAAGACACUUGUCCUUCACUCAGCUGAGAUUCCACUGCCGCAAGAAACAGGGACGCACAUUCCACGUGGUCACAGCUUCCAACAGCUCAGGCGAAGCUGUGGUCCGGUACUUCAGCGGUCAGACAGAUGAGCAACCGGACGCCUGUGGUUCGUUUGUGAGAUUGACGUUGGAUGACAAUUCCGAGUUAGCUGGCAUUUGCAAAGAUUGGGGUCGACUAGUAAGUGGAGAGGUCCGGGUUGGAAAGUGGGGACAUGGUGAAGAUCAAAACAGGCUAUACUGGUAUCCCGUCUUGAUAAAAAAAAGUCGUCAACUUAGGGUCCAACUGCAUAACGUUGACGACCUCAGAAAAAUGGAAUGUGAUGAUAGCUCCGCUCCCAAUGUUGGCACAAACGGCGAUUUCUGGAGAGUCUUUGUUCGUUAGUUGCGUCUAUCUGUACACCAAGCAACCCUUGACUGUGCGAAUAACAGUAACAAACGAAUAAAGCAAAAUAAAGACAAAUG